UUCUCAUCUAUUAGAGCAAAGUGCUGUGAGUAAGGUGCUUCAUUGUCAAGGCAUAUUUGCAUGAAAGAUGGAACAAUAUAGCGACAGCCUGAAUAUUAAAACUCUUCUCACCUUCAUCUUGGGAUUUAACAGUAUUGGUUUCCUCUGUGCAGCAGAAGCUCCAAAGUACAAUCUGGAGUGUUUGAAUGAUUACAUGGUCACAAUAAGUUGUGUGCUGAAUAUCCCUAUUGAUCCUCUAUAUAAUGGAAAAGACUCCUACUGGCUGAAAUUUGAAGGGAGUGACACAAGCUUCUCUUCCAACAUAACAAAUGUUGAAUGCCUACUUGAGAAUCAAAAGGACAAUUACUGCUGUACUUUUAAAUCAAAGGAACAAUUUAUAGAUACGGAAUAUUUUGUGAUUAGCUUCUGCUCCAACAAAAAUGUCACUAAACUAUGUGUGGAAAUGGAUAAAUUCUAUCAGCCAAAACAUCACAUUAAACCGAUGACUCCCAUCAAUCUUAAAUUCAACUGGAGUUCCGGUCACUAUCGGUUUAUUUGGGAUAGUGGCUAUGAGCAUAAUAAAGCACAAACAUUCAUGAAAAGACUGAUGUACCAACUCCAGUACUACAAGCACGGGCACCCAGAGAGUGCAAUACGAAUACAUUCACUUAAUAAGUCACAGCAAAUUGAUGGCUUUAAGUUUGAACCAGGCACGGAAUAUAUUGCAAAAGUGUGCUCCGGGCCCGCCCAGGGUUUUUACAAAGGACAAUGGAGUGACUGGAGCACUGCAGUUAAAUGGAGGACCAAUGUAACCAAGGUUACCAAAGAGGACCAAGAGUUGCUGUUUAUUGGGGUUUUUUCCAUCCUGGCAUGCAUGUUAUUUGCCAUUCUGGUGUUCAUUUAUUUCCAUCCAAUAGACAGGUGCUGGAUCAAGUCACACAACAGUGUUCCAACUCCUACCCCAUAUUUUCGGUCCCUUUAUAGUGACUACAAUGGAGAUAUCCAGAGCUGGCUUGUGUCGCAAAGCAAACUGGGAGAACCAUUCACUCCAGAAACUUUGAAAUUUGAAACCUUGAUUGAGGCCACACCCAUGGAAAAUGAAGAACGGUUCUUCCCAUCUCCAUCCAUCGGCCCAUACAUUAAUGCCAAACAGGAUAGGCUUGACAAACUACCAGUGCAGUCCAUGCAGAAUUCUCUGUCUCUGCAGCAAAUGGGCACCAGCAGAGAUGACUGGGGCAGCCAGGACCUGAUUCACAGCUGUGCCACAGUGUCAUCAACUGAACCACAGUGCAUGUACUGCAGCAAAGAUUAUUGCACCCUCACUGACACCAACAAUGACCAGGGGCACAGGAAACUCUCCCAGUGAUUUAACCCUCAAGCAUGGCUCUAGCCUUUCUGCCACACAAGGCGAGACUGCGUGCAUUUCAAGUGCAAUGGUCAUCCCUGAUGGGAACAGUUGAAGGCAGACAAUACAUUUCUCUACACACAGUUGUCCAAACGUGCUGUCAUUUGAAUCAGUCUUAUGUAAAUAUUAUUUAGGUCAACAGCGUUUCUUUCUUUAUUCAUUUUAUUUUAUUAUAUUUCUUUUGCGCAUCAGUUAAUUGAGGUUGAAACUUUCAGAACAGUAUUUUUCUAAAUAUUAUCUGAUCUUUUGAGUUAUUUGACUAUAUUUUACAAUUUUACAAUCUUUUAGUGUGUAAGCCUUGACCAAAGGAAUCCUGUAAAUAAAUAAAUAAUAUUAUAUUUCUUUGCUCCACGUAAUUAACAUCGACUGAAUGAAAAUGUGUUUGAUUACAAAAUAAGUUAUUUUACAUGCACAUAUUUUUUAGGAAUAUUUUAAGUGGAACACAAUCAGGUAUGAAGCCAACAGUGUUGCACCUUAAGUUAUAAACAAAGUGCUUAUAUUAUAUCCUAAUAAUUGUGAUACUAACAUACCAUUUCUUGUCAUUCACAUAAUAGCUUUCAACUACCUGUAAUAAUAAAAUGGUAGCUGAUGUUCUUUUUUUACUUUCAACAUCAUCCAAUUUACUUUAGUCUAUCUGAGGAUGAGUGUAUCAGCUUCAUUUGUAGCAAGUGAACAGACCUAGUUAGUUUACAAGUUUUAUUUUGAUUAAUAUCUCUU